AUGGUCACCUUCAACUGCGAGGUCUGCAAUGACACAGUUCCCAAGAAGAAUACGGAGAAGCACUACUAUCGGUGCCCAGAUGCCUACUACACGUGCAUAGAUUGCAGCACCACCUUCCACGACGGUGUGGGCUACCAGAAGCACACCCAGUGCAUAACUGAGGAUGAGAAGUACCAGAAGGCGCUGUACAAGGGCAAGAAGCGAAAGGGCAGCGGCCCAGCAGAGAGCAGCGCCGGCAAGACCGGCAAGAAGCCCGCAGAGAAGCCCGCAGAGAAGCCCGCGGAGAAGCCCGCGGAAAAGCUCGCGAAGCCCGCCAAGACCAAGGGCGAGAAGGCGCCCGCGCCCGGAAAGGUCACAAAGCCAGCGCUCGUCCCCGGCCAGACACUGCACAGCGCGCUCAAGGCGCUCCCCUCGCGCUCAGACCGCAAGGCGCUGCUGAAGCGGCUGCGUGUCGCGUCUGACGGCACUGUCCAUCUAGAAUAG